AGCUGGGAGGGCAUAGGCCGGCGGCUGGCAAAGACUGAGCUGCGACUUACACGCUGCCGGGAUCCCACCGGCGGGGACUGUGAGCCGUUACUCCCGUUCAGAGGCCAGGUCUCCAUUCUUCUGUGUAGUCCUCGUCCCUGCCCCUCUUGAGUCCACUGCAAAAGCAGAAGCUCAGCUGCGGCGUCCGGCCAGCGGAGAAGUAGGAAGGCGGGGCCGGCCUAAAAGCCAUCGCGCCCCGAGCUCCGGCCGUGGGCGGGCCUCGGAGGGCCUGGCCACGCCUCCAAGCGGCCGCCCUGCUUCUGCGCAGGCUCAAAGAGCGCGUUCCCGUCCCGCGGCACCGCCCACAUCCUGGGGACGUCGGCGGCGCGCGACGUGCUUCGCCGGAUAAAUGCGGUGGCGCCGGUCGUAGGAGAGCUUCUGUCCUAAGCGCCAAGGCGUCCUGGCGUUUGGUGGCGUCAGGUUCUGCGCCUGAGCCCGCCCCUGUACCUGCCUGUGCCAUGGCGGACGAAGGGAAGUCAUACAACGAGCAUGAUGACCGUGUUAGUUUCCCUCAAAGAAGAAAGAAAGGCCGGGGGCCUUUCCGAUGGAAGUGUGGUGAGGGGAACCGUAGGUCUGGAAGAGGUGGUUCUGGUAUACGGUCUUCCCGGUUUGAGGAAAAUGAUGGAGAUGUAGCAAUGAAUGAUCCCCAGGAUGGCCCCCGAGUAAGAUACAACCCCUACAUCAACCGGCCUAACCGUCGGGGAGACACUUGGCAUGAGCGAGAUCGGAUUCAUAUUACGGUACGGAGAGACAGAGCUCCUCCAGAGAGAGGAGGGGCUGGCACCAGUCAAGAUGGGACCACCAAGAACUGGUUUAAGAUUACAAUUCCUUAUGGCAGAAAGUAUGACAAAACGUGGCUUCUGAGCAUGAUUCAGAGCAAGUGCAGUGUCCCCUUCAACCCCAUUGAGUUUCACUAUGAAAAUACACGGGCCCAGUUUUUUGUGGAAGAUGCGAGUACUGCUUCUGCAUUAAAGGCUGUCAACCAUAAGAUUCUGGAUCGAGAAAACAGAAAGAUAACCAUCAUCAUCAACUCUUCUGCUCCACCCUUCAUUGUACAGAGUGAACUGAAGCCUGAACAACUAGAGCAGCUCAAGCUGAUCAUGAGCAAACGAUAUGAUGGCAACCAACAAGCACUUGACCUCAAGGGCCUCCGCUCAGACCCAGAUUUGGUGGCCCAGAACAUCGAUGUUGUUCUAAGCCGCAAAGGUUGUAUGGCAGCCGCCCUGCGGAUCAUUGAAGAGAACAUUCCUGAGCUAUUGUCUUUGAACUUGAGCAACAACAGGCUAUACAGGCUAGAUGAUAUGUCCAGCAUUGUACAGAAGGCGCCAAACCUAAAGACCCUAAAUCUCUCUGGAAACGAAUUGAAGUCUGAGCAGGAAUUAGACAAGAUAAAAGGGCUGAAGCUGGAAGAGCUGUGGCUAGACAGAAACCCCAUGUGUGACACCUUCCUAGACCAGUCUACGUAUAUCAGCGCCAUUCGCGAACGAUUUCCCAAGUUAUUACGCCUGGAUGGCCAUGAGCUACCCCCUCCAAUCGCCUUUGAUGUCGAAGCCCCUACAAUGUUACCACCCUGCAAGGGAAGCUAUUUUGGAACAGAGAACCUAAAGAGUCUGGUCCUGCACUUCUUGCAGCAGUACUAUGCAAUUUAUGACUCAGGAGACCGCCAGGGUCUCCUGGAUGCCUACCAUGAUGGCGCCUGUUGCUCGCUAAGCAUUCCUUCCAACUGUCAGAACUCUGUCCGAAACAACUUAGCCGAAUACUUUAAAGACUGCAGAAAUGUGAAGAAGCAUAAAGAGCCCACCUUGCGGUUCCGGCUAUUAAAGCAUACACGUCUCAAUGUCGUUGCCUUCCUCAAUGAGUUACCCAAAACUCAGCAUGACAUUAACUCCUUUGUGGUAGAUAUAAGUGCCCAAACAAGCACAUUACUGUGUUUUUCUGUCAGUGGAGUCUUCAAAGAAGUGCAUGGGAAGUCUCGAGAUUGCUUACGUGCUUUCACAAGAACGUUCAUUGCUGUUCCUGCCAGCAAUUCAGGGCUAUGUAUUGUAAAUGAUCAAUUAUUUGUGCGGAAUGCCAGCCCUGAAGAAAUCCAAAGAGCCUUCGCUAUGCCUGCGCCCACAAUAGCACCCACACCUUCCUCCAGCCCAGUACCCACACUUUCCCCAGAACAGCAGGAAAUGUUGCAAGCAUUUUCUACCCAGUCUGGCAUGAACCUUGAGUGGUCUCAGAAGUGCCUUCAAGACAAUAACUGGGACUACACCAGAUCUGCUCAGGCCUUCACUCAUCUCAAGGCCAAGGGAGAGAUUCCAGAAGUAGCGUUUAUGAAAUGAUCACAAGAAAAGUCCCCUUGUAAAUAGCCCUUGGAUACUAUUGUGUGGCUGUCAUCUGCCGUCUCCUGUCCAGCCCGAGGCCACCCUGUAACUGUGACUGAGGAGGGAGGGCUGCUUCAUCCUCCUCACCUACCUUCUGGAAGAUUGAGCCUCAUGGUGCCAGGAAGCCAAAGCUUACUUUGUAGAGCUGACACUAAACUACACGAAGGACUUAGGUGCUCUGUGUACUUAGCCCCAGGAUUCCCUUUACUUUUUAAGAUAAAGAGUGAUAUUGUA